CCCUCGGCGCGCACGCCCCUCGCUCCAUGGCACUCCCGGGCGGGCGGGCGGACGGGAUCGCGGGCGGGGCUCGGCGCGGGCGCCUCCCGGCCGGCGGCGGCGGCCCCCCAGGACGCCCCAGGACCCCCUCCCGAGGCGCCGGGCAGCGGCCUGCAGCCCUGAGCUGCACCUGGAACCAUGAGUGAGGUCCGCAGAGACAGUGCCAGCAGCCUGCAGCGCAAGAAGCCACCCUGGCUGAAGCUGGACAUCCCGGCUGUGGCUCCCCCAGCGGUCGAGGAACCCAGCUUCCUGCCGCCACUGAGGCGCCAGGUUUUCCUGCGGAGUGUGAGCAUGCCGGCCGAGACCGCCCGUGUCCCCUCGCCCCACCACGAGUACCGGCGGGCUGUGCUGCAGCGCCAGAUGUCCAUCACGCAGACUAUUCGCAGGGGCACCGCUGACUGGUUUGGAGUGAGCAAGGACAGUGACAGCACCCAGAAAUGGCAGCGCAAGAGCCUCCGGCACUGUAGCCAACGCUACGGGAGGCUGAAGCCCCAGGUCAUGCGGGAGCUGGACCUGCCAAGCCAGGACAACAUGUCGCUGACCAGCGCCGAGACCCCACCCCCGCUCUACGUGGGGCCCUGCCAGCUGGGCAUGCAGAAGAUCGUCGACCCGCUGGCCCGCGGUCGGGCCUUCCGUGUGGCGGAUGACCCCGCCGACGGCCUGAGCGCCCCGCACACGCCCGUCACGCCGGGCGCCGCCUCCCUCUGCUCCUUCUCCAGCUCCCGCUCGGGCUUCCACCGGCUCCCGCGGAGGCGCAAGCGCGAAUCGGUGGCCAAGAUGAGCUUCCGGGCGGCCGCGGCGCUGGUGAAGGGCCGCUCGGUUAGGGACGGGACGUUGCGCCGGGCGCAGCGCCGAAGCUUCACUCCUGCCAGCUUCCUGGAGGAGGACACCGCGGACUUCCCCGACGAGCUGGACACGUCCUUCUUCGCGCGGGAAGGUGUCCUCCACGAGGAGCUGUCCACAUACCCUGACGAGGUGUUUGAGUCCCCGUCGGAGGCGGCGCUCAAGGACUGGGAGAAGGCCCCGGAGCAGGCGGAACUCACGGGCGGGGCCCUGGACCGCAGCGAGCUGGAGCGGAGCCACCUGAUGCUGCCCCUGGAGCGCGGCUGGCGGAAGCAGAAGGAGGGCUCGGCGGCGGCCCCGCAGCCCAAGGUGCGGCUGCGGCAGGAGGUGGUGAGCGCGGCGGGGCCGCGGCGGGGCCAGCGCAUCGCGGUGCCGGUGCGCAAGCUCUUCGCCCGGGAGAAGCGGCCGUACGGGCUGGGCAUGGUGGGGCGGCUCACCAACCGCACCUACCGAAAGCGCAUCGACAGUUACGUCAAGCGCCAGAUCGAGGACAUGGACGAUCACAGGUGCGCGCGGGCUCCAGGUGCGGGCCGGGGUGGGGUUGGGGCCCCCGCUGACGCUCCGCCCCGCAGGCCCUUCUUCACCUACUGGCUCACCUUCGUGCACUCGCUCGUCACCAUCCUGGCCGUGUGCAUCUACGGCAUCGCGCCCGUGGGCUUCUCGCAGCACGAGACGGUGGACUCGGUGCUGCGGAACCGCGGUGUCUACGAGAACGUCAAGUACGUGCAGCAGGAGAACUUCUGGAUCGGGCCCAGCUCGGAGGCGCUCAUCCACCUGGGCGCCAAGUUCUCGCCCUGCAUGCGCCAGGACCCGCAGGUGCACAGCUUCAUCCGCGCGGCGCGGGAGCGCGAGAAGCACUCGGCCUGCUGCGUGCGCAACGACCGCUCGGGCUGCGUGCAGACCUCGGAGGAGGAGUGCUCGUCCACGCUGGCCGUGUGGGUGAAGUGGCCUGUGCACCCCAGCGCCCCAGACCUUGCUGGCCACAAGAGACAGUUUGGCUCCGUCUGCCACCAGGACCCCAGGGUGUGUGAUGAGCCUUCCUCUGAGGAUCCCCAUGAGUGGCCCGAUGACAUCACCAAGUGGCCGAUCUGUACCAAAAGCAGCGCGGGGAACCACACCAACCACCCCCACAUGGACUGCGCCAUCACCGGCCGGCCCUGCUGCAUCGGCUCCAAGGGCAGGUGCGAGAUCACCUCCCGGGAGUACUGUGACUUCAUGAGGGGCUACUUCCACGAGGAGGCCACGCUGUGCUCUCAGGUCCACUGCAUGGACGACGUGUGUGGGCUCCUGCCCUUCCUCAACCCCGAGGUGCCAGACCAGUUCUACCGCCUGUGGCUCUCCCUCUUCCUGCACGCUGGGGUCCUGCACUGCCUGGUGUCCAUCUGCUUCCAGAUGACCAUCUUGCGGGACCUGGAGAAGCUGGCAGGCUGGCAUCGCAUCUCCAUUAUCUACCUGCUGAGCGGCAUCACUGGCAACCUAGCCAGUGCCAUCUUUCUGCCAUACCGGGCUGAGGUGGGCCCGGCCGGCUCGCAGUUCGGCAUCCUGGCCUGCCUCUUCGUGGAGCUCUUCCAGAGCUGGCAGAUCCUGGCACGGCCCUGGCGCGCCUUCUUCAAGCUGCUGGCCGUGGUGCUCUCCCUCUUCACCUUUGGGCUGUUGCCUUGGAUCGACAACUUUGCCCACAUCUCAGGCUUCAUCAGUGGCCUCUUCCUCUCCUUCGCCUUCCUGCCCUACAUCAGCUUCGGCAAGUUCGACCUGUACCGUAAGCGCUGCCAGAUCAUCGUGUUCCAGGCCAUCUUCCUGGGCCUCCUCGCUGGCCUGGUGGUCCUUUUCUACGUCUACCCCGUCCGUUGCGAGUGGUGCGAGUUCCUCACCUGUAUCCCCUUCACUGACAAGUUCUGCGAAAAGUACGAGCUGGACGCUCAGCUCCACUGAGCCAGGCUGCAGGGUGGCCCGGUGCUCAGGCCAGGGCCAGGCAAAACCCACCCAGCCUGGCAGCCUGUGGACUUUACCUGCUCUGAGCAGGACGGGGUGUCCUCCAAACACAACCUCUGUGCCUUGUUUAUAUCUGUUGAACCCCUCAUGCUGCUGGGGUUUAUAACUAGUUCUUGCAACUACCUUUUAACUAGUCUCCUGACAACCACCUCAUGUGGCCAAUAAAUGGACUGGGAGCGUUUUAGCUGCCAUUAAUGUACCACAA